AUCGAGGUCAGGUGACUUCACCUCGUUUGCUUGAGGUCUCUACUUAUUGUGCGGAAAUGGCCCCAAAGGGUUCGCCUGAUAAAGCGCUCGCCGCGAUCCUUCCCCUCAUUUCCAGUGGACAGGCAUACGAGGCGCACCAGAAAGCUAGGACGUUCGCGUCUCGCUAUGUGAAAGCGCGAGCAUUUGACACUGCUGCACAAGUCUUAUUUCAAGCAGCUAAGGAGCUCCUGAAAGCCGGACACGCUGGGAGCGGCUCGGACCUUGGUGUUUAUAUGAUUGAUGUGUAUCAUGAAAUGGAACAAGAAGUGAACGACGCGUCAAGAGGAAACGUGACACAGCUCAUUGCUCUGGUUGGAAGACAAGGAACUUGGAGAAAAGUGCUGAUAGAAAAAGCAGUCGCGUGGUCAUCAGACUUUACAGGGGACCCGGCUGGGGAUCCUGUGCUUCAUUAUCAUAUUGGGGAACUUUUAGUGAAAGAGGGUUCAUUCGAGCUAGCGGAGCGCCACUUCAUUGCUGGUGGCACGCGCGACUGCGCCCGACUACACGCCACAAUGAUGGCCAAAUGGGUACAAUCUGACCCAGAGCCAGCGCGAUUUGCAAUAAGAGGCGUGCUGCCGUACCUAUUGUUGCAAAACAUAUUGUGCUCUCGGAUCAUCCUCUCCAAAUUCAUCGGUCUCUUAUCUCAAUCUCGACCAACUCUCCUCCUUCACCCACCUCUCCCUCUCCCUCUAGAUGAUGAGGUCUUGGUUACAUCUGACCCUGCCCUGAAUUUUCUCCAGCUUCUAAUCCGGGUCUGCCAGCGAGGAGAACAAUCUCCACCAUCAAGUUCGCAGCCAUUACCCGCUCGAACUGCGUGGUUAAAGCUGGUGGCGCAAUACAAAUCAUCAAGUCCGGUCAUCUCCGAAGUCUUCUCAAACCAAGUCAAUACUCAGAUUGGGCAAAUAUACUUCGGCUUUUCGGUGCGGAAGCUUACGACUCCAUGGGAUAUGAUUAGUGGGUUACUCGGAGGCGGAGACUCGGGCUCACCAUCAUCACCGCGAGGUGGUCGUGGGCAGGCUAGAGGUAGCCUACGUAGAACAUCAACGGGACCCGAAUUGGAUUAAAG